AUGAAGUUCACCGUCUCUCUCGCUUCGAUUGUCGCUGUGACCAGCGCGUUCCCGCUGUUCACCCGCGACUCCACGACUACACGGACGGAACUCGAGGCUGGAAGCGCCUCUGCUUGUCCGAAGGCUAUUCUGAUCUAUGCGAGGGGCUCGACGCAGGAAGGAAACAUGGGCGAACAACCCGGGCCGAUCCUUGCCGAUGCGCUCGAGUCUUACUACGGUGCAGCCAACGUUUGGGUCCAGGGUGUAGGAGGAGCGUACACUGCCGGACUUCUCGACAACCUUCAGCCUAAGGGCACGACCGAUGCUGCUAUCGCUGAGGGAGCCCGCCUUUUCAAGCUUGCAAACACAAAGUGCCCGAAGACUCCUGUUGUUGCUGGUGGCUACAGCCAAGGCGCAGCCCUCAUCGCGGGCGCGAUCCCCACUCUCUCGGCCACAGUGAUCAAUCAGGUUAAGGGCAUCGUCCUCUUCGGAUACACCCGCAACAAGCAGAACAACGGCGGCAUCCCGAGCUACCCGCAAGCUAACCUGGCGGUUUACUGCGCUGACGGAGACUUGGUCUGUGACGGAACUCUGAUUGUAUUGCCUGCGCACUCUACUUACGAGGACGAGGCUGCGGAUGAGGCGCCGAAGUUUUUGGAGAGCAAGAUUGGUGCUUGA